UCAUUCGGCUUUUAUUGUGGAGCUAAUUUGUUUUGUCACUGCAACAUAUAAGGAGCUGUCUGAUCUCUGUGUACAAGUUGAAACUUGGCUGAACAAAAAAAUUAUUGAGUCUACCUAACAGGAUCAAGAGAUAAGCUCUGUGAGCACAUUUAAACCAAAAGUAAAUUAAAUGAAAAUUAUGGAUACAUAUUCACAUUUUUUCACUGUCUUUUAUUCACAGAUCCUUAAAGCUUCAGUUUUAGUAAUUCCACAUUUUAAAUCAUGCCGAUUUCACUUCAGUAUCUCCAAGUAGUUUUCCAGAACAUGGCGUCAAAAGCUCUUAUCUGCAAUCUAAGUAGCCCCUCACCAGUAUUUGUCUUUUGUACACCUCUUCUCCUCCACCUCUUUAAUGGUUUUAUUGCAGGUAUUAGCAUGUGAGCUGUAGCCCGGUGGUGAAUGAACCAUGGACGAAGCCAGCGCCACCAUCUUCGUCACUGUUCAAAAGAUCUACUACCCACUCCUGUGCAUCAUGGGUAUUCCAGCCAACCUCUUCACAUUCUACAUGAUAUGCUUCCGAAAAUGUGGCAUGUCCAACACAGCCAUCAUUUACCUGAGUUGCCUGGCUAUUGUGGACACCUUUUACCUGGUGUGGGUGAUCCUUAUUGACUUGACCCUCACCUUCUGGCUUCUGCAACCCUUCUGGCACUCCCACCCCUGGUGUGGCAUCUUGGGAUUCCUGCAGUACGGAUCACUCUACAGCUCCUCCUGGAUCGUGGUGGUGUUCACCAUUGAGCGCUACCUCGUCCUCAGAAGCACAGUGGCCAAGCAGCACUUCUCCCAGCCCUGGGUCACUAAAGGGACCUGUGCGGCUAUCGUCCUGGUGUCUCAUCUUGUCUCUGUGCCACUGGGCUGGAUCAACAUUGUCACACCUGUCAACAUUACUGUUGAUGGGGAGAAUGUGACACUGCCCAGGUGUCUUUACCGCAAUGAGGCCUACACUACUGUUAUAGUGUGGAUAACCACCUUCCUCUCAGGGGGAAUACCCAUUGUGUUGGUCAUCAUCUUCAACUACCUCAUUGGGUACCAUCUGUCCCGCGCCAGCAAUCUCUUCACUAAGGAGGAGCGUCGCACCAUGCAUGGAAGGAGUACCAGGGGCAUGUUGAAGAGGACCAUCCUGCUGCUGGGUACUGUCUCUGUGGCCUUUGUUGUGCUCAGCCUGCCCCGCUUUGUCACAUACUGCAUCCUGAGGACCAAGUACAACAAUCAGAACUUCAACAGGAACAACUACAGCAUUCCCAUCAAUGUGGCUGGAGACUUGGCUAACAUGCUGCAGAACCUCAACUCCACCACCAACUUUCUGCUCUACUGCAUGGUCAGCCGGCGCUUCCGGCGGGAGCUGGUCCAGGUAGUGACUUGUAAGGUGAAGGCCCGUGAGCUAGGCUCUGUCCUCACCCAUACCACCAUGAAAGUGUUCUCAGUUGUGAAUCAUAAGGUCUCGGUAUCCAGCAACCCCAUGACUGUGGUGCUAACCAAUCUCAAACAGACUGAGUAGAAAGGAUAUGGAAGAGUGGACAAAGAUCAGACAUUCAAAAUAAUUAUCCUUCAUGCAUAAGCAUUCAUUCUUGACCUUGGAAAUUCUAUGAAAACAAUCUUAAGGUUGAUCUUAAGCUUUUUUCUGGGCUGUCAACCACACUUUUUCUUCAUCAGCGAAUACAUACUUAGGUAAAAACUAAGGCAUACCCAUGACAACCACAAGAGCUAUGGAAAAAGCUAGUUAGUGGACCUUAAGUUAAGAUUAUUUUAUCAUAAAAUGUGUGUUUUUGUUUUUUUAGCCACCUAGCUGCAUUGGUCUAGGAAUGGCCAAGUUGGAGUUUGGUACAGACAGAAAUAUCUCCACAACUUUCUGAUGUAUGUCCAUGAGAUUUUGUACAGACAUUCAUUGUUCUCAGAGGAUGAAUCCUAAUGACUUGAGUCCAACUCUUGUCCAGCAAAUCAUGCAGUGUCAAAUAAAAUUUUCACUUAUCCAGUAAGAUAUUUCAACAUGUAGAAGAUGGGUUAGUACAAAGCUUGGUACAGACAUAUCUAGUUCCCAGGAUCUCUAGCACUACCAUGAGGUUGACACAUGGUUUUGAGUGAUAUAUCUCAACAACUAUUGGAUCCAUUGUCAAUCAUGGUCCUCAGAAGAUGAACUGCAGUAACUUUAGUGAUCCCUCGCUCUCCUUCUAGCACCACCAUCGGGUCAAAAUAGAUAAUGAUCAGGAGAAACUUCAAAAUGCCAUUAUAGAUUUACAGAUUAUCAAUAUGACAGCCGAUAUAGUGAAUUUAAACACAAAACUCCCCAUUCACUGCCAACAACAGUCAGGAAUUAACCACCACACACUGGAGUGACUUAACUGUGAUUUAUUUAAGAACAAAGCUAUGGAAGCUGCAAGUGAAACGUGUUGUUCACUCUUCUAAAUCACAGUAAAGUCACUCCAGUGUGCGGUGGUUAAUUCUUUUUUUAUAGUGAAUUUUAAGUUGGAAUGAAAAUGUUCUAUGUGGAUUGUUGACCAAUGUGACUCUGCAAAGGUACUCAGAAGGCUGUUUUCUUAAACAAAUAACUUUAUUUAAGAAUAUUUUUGUUAAAUAUAGCUGCAGUAGGUAACUUUUAUACUGAAGUUUUCAGUUGGUAGCUUGAGGAUAGUUGAUUGUUGAGUUUAAUUUUUUCUUGGCUUUGAUUGGUUAGUUUCACAGAUUAUCUGUCUCAUGUAGUGAAAGUUUCAGCAAAUAUGACAAAAUAUUAUUUUUAUAAAAGUUAAUACCACCAUUACAUGUAAAAGAAUUUAACAUAUACAUUGUCAACCAAUUUUAGUUGACAUUGCUGACAAAGCUUCUUCCCCCUUGACUCUUGGACCUGUGCUGCUUGCCACAGUGUUGUUAGUCUGUUGAAUAAAUUCUACAGUGACACCAAUAUAUUUACACAAGCAUUUUAUUCUGCAUUAUAUACACAACAAAACAGUUUUCAUAUUGCCAUAUAUCACAUAAAAUAGUUACGAUACGAUACAUAUUUGCGAUAGGCCAAUAUCUGACAUAUCAGUAAGGCUCUAAACUGUAAGCUCUGAGUCAUCCAGGUCAUGUGCAGUUCUAAAAGGAAAGCAAAUGGAUCUGCUUUCUUGCCUUGAAAAUGUUUCUGCUCAUCCAAAACUGCUACAUGACAUUCAGUAGUAAUGAUGAAAAGGUGAUUUGUCCCAAAUAAAAUUUGAAUACAUAUGACCAAUGCUGCAAAUUAUAUUCAUGUAGAUGUCAAGUCACUUGUCCUCCUUACCAAGGGUUGGAUGAAAAUAACCUGCCCACUUUCAAAUCAAAGGAACAAUUCAACCUGUCUGGCCACACAAGGCCUACCUCGCU